AGAUGGCGUUGAAAUUCGCGCUUCGAAGCAAUUCGUAAUGAAAAUUCAAUUUGAUCAAAAUUGGCGUCGAAAGGUCUAUUUGGCCUGAAGAUUUAACACUUAACAGUUAGGAAUCGAAUGUCUCAGGCAAUGAAAAAUGGCACACAUGUACGAAAGAGUGAAAGCUAUUAUUUCAAAAUCUCCAGAGGAGAGAGGAAUUAAGGAAAUUCAAAGUCUACUGCCCUGGUUCAGAAAGAAAUCUGAAUUAUUUGUUUCAGUAAAGGACGAUGUUCUUAUCGAUAUCGUUAGAAAUUGCGAAUUUUGUACAAGGCAUAGAGAUUUUGUUAUUAUUAAACAAGGAGAAAUAGGGGAUUGCUUCUAUAUAAUACUUAAAGGAAAAGUAUCCAUAUUCAUUAACAAUCAAAUAUCGGAUGAGGAAGAUGAGUCGAAAAUUGCAGAAAAGUCUAAAGAGACAGACGCGGCAUAUAAAGAGGGAAAAGAGUUGGAUAGAUCGAAAUUUGGUAAUUAUAUAGCUCCUAUUGAAACUGGUAAAAGUUUUGGAGAAUUGGCCCUAAUAAGCAAGGAUUGCGUUAGAAACGCUUCAAUUAUUGCUGAUGAGACAACGGAUUUAUUAGUUGUAAAUAGAGCUUUAUAUAACAGAUCAUUAAAAGCUGCCCAGGUCGCUGAGUUUGAGGAACGUACAAAGUUUGUUACCGAAAAUCCUCUAUUUCAAAAUUGGGCUCAUAAACAUAAAAAACAAUUGGCUUUUAGUUUAAGAAAGCUUAAAUUUCAAUUCGAUAGUUAUAUCGUUAAACAGGGAGAUAAGGCGGACGUAAUGUAUUUUUUACUCAAAGGUCAAGCAAAAUUAAUGGUUGAACCUCAACAAUUAAGCCUUCAGUAUUCCAGUCUUCAACAAGCAUCAGACGCUCAAGAUCCAGCAAGUGCUGAGGUGGCCCAAUUAGUUGCCAGCACGAAGAAACAUCCGUCAGUUUCUCCGAUACCCAAUGAACAUACCCUAAUUAUCACUCCUUCCGCACUCCGAAGACACGAGACCGUUAAGAAGCCUAUAGAAAUGUCAAUUGUUGGUAGUAAAGAGAUUAUCGGUGAUACGGAAUUUGCUUUAGACAUGAACACUUAUAUACAAAGCGUUGUUUGUACUCAAGUAACCGAUGUUUUUGCCUUGGAUAUGAAGAAUUACGAACGAUUGAUUACUAAAAGAAAUCCAAAAACAAUUGAAUUGUUAAAAGAAGGCGCCGAAUUGAAAUUGACGUCUCGCGUUGGAAGAUUGCAAGAGAAUACGGCUCCUCUUCUAAAGAGUAUUCUGCAAAAAUUAAAAAAUGCGUCUAAACAACCAAAACGUCAACAUAGGCAAACGAACGAAGACCAUUUAAAUUAUGAAUUCUCUCCUCAGAGGGGGCCGUUAAUUGACUUAUACGGCCCUGGUACCGUUUUUUAUAGGAAUAAGAUGAGAGAAAAGGCUAAACAAGCUAAAUUAUCAAAACCUCAGUUUAGAAACGCUCCUAGAUUUGGUCUCAAUGCUCCAGCAAUACCUGCGGCAACCGAGACGGUAGAGGAGAUUGACGAAAGAUUAAAUAGGGGUUAUACAAAUCUUUUAGCGGAUAAAAAUGAAACUUUCCUAACGAAGGCGCACGAAGCAGUUCACUUGAACGAAGACGCCAAAACGUUGCAGAAAAAUGGCAAGGGUAAAGGAACAUUUAACGAUUUUGAAUCGAGUGAUAGAGCCUUAACAGUUCUGGAGGAGAGAAUAGCUGCCUGGCAUGCGGCCGUCGUUGAAUCCAAUAAUAAAAAGCCAAAGUCCAUUACCAAAUUACACAGAGUGAAUAUCGAUGAUAAUAAAGAUUUAAAACCUGGAAAAAAGAUUGUACUUAGAAGGAGAAAGCCUGGAAAACCUCGCGUAGUGUUCGAUGGUAAUUCAGAGGAGGAGAAUGAAGAAGAGGAAGAACCUGUAAAAAAUACAACUAGAAGGGCAAAAAGUGUAACUGAAGGAUUUGGUCAUUCGGACACAGACGAUAGCUAUGACGGCUGUGAAUUCGAUUCCUCAAAAUCUGGCCGGCGCACAACUUGCACGAGCAAAUCACCCACCCGUUUUAUUUUUCGUUUGAAAAAGAACAUUCGAAUUUCGAACAAUUUGCAAUUAGCAGACAAUUCUUUCAACUUAGUAGUUGAAAUGAAAUACCAUACCCAAAAGCAGAUAAGAGAGCUUGGAAGACAGAAAAAAAUGCAUAGGACCUAUGAUGAACUGGAAGGGGAUUUGAACAUCCCUCGGUCAUCUAUGCAAUAUAUUUGUGAAAAUAAAGGGGAGGGACAACUUGAGAGAAGGGGAAGACCAUCCAAACUAAGAGAAAGAGCAAAGUCCCUAAUUAGAAGAGAGCCAAAACUUUCUAGGGACAAGGUCCCUGUUGGUGGAGGAGGAGUGAUGGUACAGGGAUGUAUAUCCUUAGAUGAUGAAGUUUUCAUCCAAAGACUUCCCUCUAACAUCACUGGAGAAAUUUACUCUGAAUUCAUUCAGGGAACAAUUUUUCCAAUGCUGAGGGAAAAAUUUGGUGAACACUUCAUCUGGCAGCAGGAUAAUGCACCUCCACACACUGUCAGAGUAACAAUCGAUACCUCUAGAUUGGCCUCCCUAUCCUCCAGAUCUCAACCCAAUAGAAAAUUUGUGAGGUUUUUUAAAACUAAAAGUUUACGAAAUUUGUAG